AUCUAUUUAGUUACACAAUUGUGUUCUGUAUUUGCUGCUGGUUAUUGUUUAAAUAACUCAAGAUUUAUAGUUUGUAAUUUUUUAAUUUUUAUGUUAUGGCAAAAAUAAGUGUAGAUUUACCCGAUAUAGAGAAUUUACUUUCUCUAAAUGCUCGUGUUCAACAACAUCCUAAUGUUGUUCCAACUAAAACGACGAAAAUAAAAAAGGCUCAUUGGAAAAGAAAUGAGGAUAAUAAAUGUUCAACAUGUCUUAAUUUGGAAAACAAUUUUGACGACAUAAAGCCGACAACCCUAAGUGAAAGGGGUGCCUUGCGGGAGGCCAUCAGAUGCCUCAAAUGUGCCGAUGCACCUUGCCAGAAAUCAUGUCCCACCCAAAUAGAUAUCAAAUCAUUCAUAACCAGCAUUGCCAAUAAGAACUACUAUGGGGCGGCUAAGGCAAUUUUAUCAGACAAUCCAUUGGGGUUAACAUGCGGUAUGGUAUGUCCCACAAGUGACUUGUGCGUAGGGGGCUGUAAUUUGCAAGCCACUGAAGAAGGCCCAAUAAAUAUAGGCGGACUUCAACAAUUUUGUGUUGAGGUGUUUAGUAAAAUGAACAUAAAGCAAAUGCGAGAUCCAAAAGUGGUAGCUCCUAAGAAUGCGGAUGCUGGCAUUGUUUUAUUUGGGGCAGGACCGGCUUCAUUAUCUUGUGCAACAUUUUUGGGCCGAUUGGGAUAUAAUAACAUUACAAUAUACGAAAAACAAGACAUUCUGGGUGGUUUGAGUUCUACGGAAAUUCCGCAGUACCGUUUACCAGCGACGGCUGUUAAAUUUGAGCUACAGUUGGUACAAGAUUUAGGAGUUAAAAUAGAAACUGGUCGUCAGUUAUCGAUAAAAGAUCUAACCAUUACAAAAUUGUUAAAUGACGGUACCAAAGCGAUUUUCGUCGGUAUCGGUUUGCCAACACCAAAAACAUCUCCGGUUUUCAAAGGGCUUACGCCUGAGAAUGGUUACUACACGUCCAAGAGUUUUUUACCAGAAGUUGCAAAAGUUAAAACCAAUGGACUUUGCGUUUGUAAAACGUCAACGACUGUAAUUAUUCCACAAUUGUUUGGCAAAGUUAUCGUUUUGGGGGCAGGCGAUACAGCGUUUGAUUGCGCCACUUCAGCCUUGAGGUGUGGGGCAAAGAAAGUGUUUGUCGUGUUUAGGAAAGGGUUCACCAAUAUCAGAGCCGUUCCCGAAGAGAUGGAAGUUGCUGUCAAAGAAAAGUGCGAACUGAUAGGUUUUUUAUCACCACACAAAGUCAAUCUGAACGAAAAAGGUAAAAUAACUUCGAUUACAUUUAAAAGAACCGAACAAGAUGAAAAUGGUCACUGGAUCGAAGACGAGGAUCAACUGACCACUUUAAAGGCAGAUUUCAUUAUUUCCGCCUUCGGUUGUGGUUUAGAGGAUCGUGAUGUUAUAGAAGCCCUCUCACCACUGGAACUUGACCAGAAAAAUGUGCCCUUAAUAGACUUCAAUACAAUGUUAACAAGUCACCCACAAGUCUGGUGCGGCGGGGAUGUUGCAGGGAUUGCAGAAACUACAGUCGAAUCCGUAAAUGAUGGUAAAAUAGCAGCCUGGUACAUUCACUGCUCUCUACAAGGCCUAUCGUUUGAUUCCCCACCAAAACUUCCACUCUUCUACACUGAAAUCGAUAACGUUGAUUUGUCGGUGGAAGUUUGUGGAGUGAAAUUCAAAAAUCCUUUCGGACUUGCUUCGGCUCCCCCUGCUACCAGUACGGCAAUGAUCCGGAGGGCUUUUGAACAGGGAUGGGCCUUUGCAGUUACCAAAACUUUUUCUUUGGACAAGGACGUGGUUACGAAUGUGUCUCCUCGAAUAGUGAGGGGUACCACACAUGGGCCCCUUUUUGGUCCCCAGCAAAGUUCUUUCUUAAACAUCGAGCUCAUUUCGGAAAAAUGUGCAGACUACUGGUGCCAAAGUAUUACGGAAUUGAAACAGGAUUUCCCCGAUCACAUUCUAAUUGCGAGCAUUAUGUGCUCUUUUAACGAAGACGAUUGGGUGGAAUUGGCCCAAAAGGCAGAAAGGGCUGGUGCUGACAUGCUGGAAUGUAAUCUUUCGUGUCCCCAUGGGAUGGGUGAAUCUGGAAUGGGGUUGGCUUGCGGCCAGAAACCGGAAUUGGUUAAGGGAAUAUCUAAAUGGGUUAAAAAUGCUGUUAAAAUUCCUGUCUUUAUAAAACUUACCCCCAAUAUUACGGAAAUAGUAGAAAUUGCAAAAGCAGCAUAUGAAGGUGGUGCUGAUGGCGUUGCUGCGAUAAACACUGUGUCUGGUCUGAUGGGUUUGAAAGGCGAUGGGACUCCUUGGCCCGCUGUUGGAACUGACAAAAGGACAACGUAUGGGGGUGUAAGUGGAAACGUUAUUAGACCAAUAGCCCUGAGAGAUAUAUCUGCUAUUGCAAGGGCUCUUCCAGACUUUCCCAUUUUAGGUAUUGGAGGAAUUGAUUCAGCGGAGACAGCUUAUCAAUUUCUUCAAUGUGGAGCGUCAGUAUUACAAGUGGGAAGCGCCAUACAAAACCAGGAUUUCACCCUCAUCCAAGACUACUGUUCAGGACUCAGGGCGUUACUGUAUUUGGAUGACAAGUUGCAGGGGUGGGACGGUCAGAGUCCACCGACGUUCAAACAUCAGCUAGGAAAGCCUGUAAAAAGCGUUUAUGGAAAAGAUGGAAAGAAACUCCCUCACUUUGGACGUUAUAGAGAGGAAAGGGAGAAAGCAAUUGGAAAAAGGACUCUUGUGUCACUGAUUUCCCAAAACGAACAAUUAAAUUCGAUAGAAAUUCCUUCUGCUGAAGUUCCCAAAGUUAAAGAUGUCAUAGGGAAGGCUUUAGUAAAAAUUGGUCCUUAUAAAAAAUUGGACAAUACAAAACAGGUCGUGGCUGUUAUUGAUGAUGUAAGAUGGCAAUAUGUUACUUAAAG